GCUUCCAAACCUAUUCGUGCCCUUCACCCUGCGUCGGACACCUUUGUUGGGUUUAAAGGAAAGGAAAAGGAAAAGACGCUGGAAAGGUGAAUAUUUUUUGUUUUCUCCCAUGUAGGAUAGAAAGAAGUAGAAGUAAGCUGCAUCGUGUGCGUGUAUUUUGUUCUUCCCAUUGAUUCUCGGGCCUUCAUGCUUGGUCUCCGCUGUCCUUUUUUGUCUGUUGCCGUUGAUCCACUCUAUCGCUUUCUUCACCGCGUUAAUAAUAAUAAUUCGAGCGCUGGAGGAGAGAGGUGAAAGCUGGCCUGAAAGAGGAAACUUCGUCUUCGUUAACUCAACCACUUCCACGCGAGCACACACACACACACACUUGUCACCGGAUCGCUGAAUCAACCGAAUUUGCUGUCUCGUCUUUUUUUCCCCCUGCUGCUGCUGUUCAAGUGUAUUCUUAACAGGUAGAUUAAGCUGGUGUCUCUUUUUUGCAGUGUGUGGUGGCGCGUGUUCAGUCAUCUCUCUCUCUCUCCUCUGUUGUUAUUACGAUUGUUAUUGCUGUUAGCUGCCUCCACAAGAGUCGUGUUUCUUUUCAUUAAAUUUUCCUCUCUUUUCAUUUUACUUUUUCUUUUUGGGGGCCUUCCCGCCGGUGAGGAGACGGCUGCCAGGUGUUCCGUGCUCUUCUCUUCGCGCGGUGGUGGAAAGGCGGUUGUGCCGGCGCCCUCUUGACUCUUUGGCGUACCGAUCACGUGAAAUAAAGAAAAGCACACUCGCAGCAACUCACUUUGGAAUUCUUACUUCGCCCCUUUUUUUCAUUACCAGAUCACAUUUGUUUCUCUCUCUUGUUGUUGUUUGGUUAUUUGAUUACUGGCUAUUUUGUUGGUUUGUUGGUUUUCUCUGGAACCGCGGAAGGUGGUGAUUUCACGCUCUUCGUGUGUAGAUGCUUCAGAUCUCGUCUCUCUUUCUGCUGUUGAUUGUGGUUGGCUCCCCUUCUCUGCGUGCACUGCCUACUCGUACAGCGGCAGCGACACACGGGAAUUCGAUAGAGCACAUUACAUUUUUUUGCCUUCCACGUCGUGCACUCGUUCUCUUUCUUCGCAACUCUUGUUUGCCUGAUUGUUUGUUUUUUUUUUUCGGGGUGGGUGGGGGGCAGAGGGUUGUUGCUGCUUUCUCUCAUCAAAUCAAUCAUGUCGGAGGGCAACCUUCCCGCAUCGUCGCACUACGAUGACCAAGGUCUCUUUGUUUCCCUCAUCGUAGGGGCGGCGUUGCUGGUCGGCUUUGGAGGCUUCAUGGCUUUCCUCCACUGCACCAACAUUCUGUGGCUGAAGCGCUUCUACCGACCGAACCACACUGUCGAGCCGGCCCCGUUAGCAUCUACCACCACGACGUCCGCAUCGGAGACACGGCGCAACUCCGCUGCGCGACCGCCGCCGCCACUGCCUUCCGCCUCAGUCAGCCAAACCAUCUUCGCGGAGCACACCGUCCGCCCUAAUGGCCGCAGCGGUCGCGCCUUCACCCGUCGCAAGCGGCUCGGCGUGAGUCUUCCCUUCACCUCGACGUUCUUCAUCUGCCCGCGCCUCCGGGACUGGAUCAGCAUCGAGGAGCCGUCGCUGCGGGACCGCAAGGAUGGUGCCCUCUCGCCCGUGCACUACGCCGAGCCGGCGGCCCCGCUGCGGUACACGAGCGAUCGCUCCUUCAUGCCGAUCCGCCCGGCGUGCUCGCCUGUGGCUGCCGCGUCACCGGAUGGCGCCGCGCCGUUUCUCGCGCCUUACCCGGCUGUGGACGUGCGUGCGGACGCGGCGGAGUUGGUGGAGGUGACGCCGGCCGCCCACUUCCCUCGCAGUGGGCCAUCGACGCCGUCGUACGGUGCAAUUGAGCCGUCCUCGCCGCGUCCUGCGCCACAGCAACCGUCGCGGUCCUCGCCCGCUGCCAGCUCGCGCGUCUCGCAGCCCGGCGAGCCGCUGCCCAAGACCCCGACCGACCCCCUCGUCGCCAUCUACCUCUUUACCCUCAAGUUCUUCCUGGCGCUGAUGUUCUUUGGCGAGCUCUUCACCGUGUGGAUCAUGCCCCUCGCGAGCAGCGACAACUACGUCGAGCAGACGAUGCGGCAGCGCGACAUUCACGGCUGCGGCAGGCAGAACGACAACGAGACCGGGUGCAACGCGCUGAAGCCGUACUGCCGGUUUCAUGGUAUCGCGCUGGGUUGUGCUGUGGUCCCGCUGCACGGGAUUUACGACUUAACGGUGUCGAAUAUACGGCCGCGGAGCUGGCGGUGGACCCGAGUGGGGCUGCUGAACCUUGGCUUCUGCGCGGUGCUGGUGCUGCUCACCCUCGUGUACCUGCGGAAGGUUGGUCAGUAUGUGGAGGCGGUGAUGGCAAACCAGAUGCGCUACGCACUGGGCUACCGUGUCGCGUGCAUUCGUGGUCUCGACACGACCGAUAUCCGCAGCGAAAAUGCACUACGCAAGAACUUCUUGGAGCUGUCCGUGUACUUCCCCAGCGCGCCGCCAUCGCCCGCGACAUCGUCAACAACCGCCGCACCAAACGCGGCAGCGCGGCAGCAGCGCAGUAGGAACGCGUACGUGACGAACGACAGCAUCUUCGACGACUACAAUCCCGCCAACGACAGCUAUACCAUCUGCGAGUGCCUCGGCCUCAACUGCCUGUUCUCGACGGCCGGGAUGCACUACUACGUCGUGCGCCGCGAGGAUGCCACCUUCACCGAGCCUGGGAAAGUCGAGCAGAUCCUCAUCACACGGGAGCCGCCGUUUGGCCUGCUGGAGACGAUUGCAAACACCGAGUCGGCCAUGGCGCACCUGCAGGAGGCGAUCGCGGAUGAGAAGGCGCUGCAGCGGAAGACGCGCCUGCACAGCGCCGAACUGCGCGUCGGCGCCGCCGGUGCCGGUACGCUGCGGCGACGGCGCCACCACAGCCCACGCGGCCGGCAGCUGGAGUCGGCCCCGCUGCAGGCCACGAGCGUCGUCGUCUCCGGCAGCGCGGUGCCGAGCAGCAACGAGAACAGCGGCACCGCGGUGGCCGUUCGCGGCAACGCGGUCCGUCGCGACGAGGCGGUGCUGAUGACGCGAUGCCGCUUUCCAGCGUGCUGUGACGAGAUGCCGGCCGUCCCGUAUUACGAGUCCGUCUUCUUCAAGAACGCCGCGGAUCUGAACUAUGCGCUGGAGCGGGUGCCGCACCAGCCCGUGUCCGGAGCCGCCUUUGUCAUCUUCAAAGACUCCCUCAGCGCCUUCGAGUUUAUUCAACUCUUCACGGCGCGCUUCGGCGGGCUGGUCUCCUCGCUGAGCGCCACCAUCGCUGGUCCACCUGGACGCAUCUUCCAAAGCAGCCUCACCGCAAGUCGAUGUGCCCUCUACCUCCGCUUCUUCUUCAUCUUCUGGGUUUACAUCGGGCUCAUUCUCACCUGGUCCAUUCCGAUCAGCUUUCUCGGUUCGCUGGAGAGCCUGUCGCAGCUGCCGGGCAUCGGCGAGUUCUUAACGUACUUCACCUCGCUCUCCACGACGCUGCAGUCGCUCGUGAACGCGUAUCUGCCGGUGGUGGUGCUCGCCCUCUUCAACGUGGCGCUUCCCUACAUCAUUCGCGUACUCGUGCGCAUGAUGGGCGCCUUCAAUCGCAUCGAGUGCGACGGCGGGCAGCUGUACCUGCAGUACAUCUUCAUGGUGAUGACCGCCGUGAUUGCGCAGGCGGCCUUCCAGGGAGCCAUGAGCCGCCUGACCGAUUUGCUGUUCGACCCAAAUGAGGAGGCGUUCAUUAACUUCAUCGUCGCCUGCGUUACGCCGAGCAACGGCUACUUCUACGCCAAGAUCAUCUCCGCCACCUGCCUCUCGACCUGGAUGGACCUGCUGGACCCGAUUUGUAUCCUGAAGGCGCUGCUGCUGCGCGGCAGUGCCCGCAUUCAACGCAACUACGACGCCCUCUUUCUGCCUUGCGAAUUCGAGUUUCCGCGGCUGCUCAGCUUCGAUCUGAUGAUUCUUUCCAUGGGUCUGCUGUUCCACAUGACGGCCCCGCUGCUGGGUCUGCUGACGGUAGUGUACUUCUUUGUGCGGUACUGGAGCCAGCGGGCGAAGCAGACGGACCGCUACCGGCCGACGCUGUCGCCCGCGCAGGAUUGCACCGACUUCGGUGUGCCUGCGCAGGUCAUUCGGUGUGUGAUGUGGCUCUACUGCUUCGCCGAGACGGGCGGGGUGCUGCUGAUGGGCCUGCGGGAUAACAGCAGCGGCGUGGUGCUCUGCUCCGUCUCCCUGGGCACGGGCCUUGUGUUGACCGUAUACGUGUACGUGAAAACGCGCCGGUGGUCCGCCUCGCUCGCUUGCGCGCGGCACUUCGCCGCCACGCCGCACCCGCAUCAUCACACUCAUCCGAUUAGUUAUCAAAAACGGCAGCAGCAGCAGCAGCAGCAGUCUCCAGGACUAGCACCGACGGUCACGACGCCGCUGCGGGGCAGGACCUCACGAUUCGACCCACCGUCAGUGCCCGCGCCCCUCUCGUCCUCGGCGCGUUCUGCACCGCCCACAGGAACUGGCGGGACGGCACCAGCAGCAACAGCAACAGCAGGGACGUCACAGAGCAACGCUUCGUGGGCCGAUACCCCGUUCGAGAACAACCCGGAGGACAACCCCGAAGAGCGUCAGCUGGGUCGGGCAAGCCGCCAAUACCUUGUCCAGGAGGAAGGCGCGAUGGAGGGCUACGAGCACGUGACGCUGAACCAGGUCCUCUUCGACUCCGCGCGUAACCCUUUCCUCAGCCACCUCCUGCCGCGCAAGGCUGGGGUCUCGCUGCGCUUCCAACCAAAGCACCAGCGUCUGUCCCCCAUCGACGCCGCACGUGAGGUGCGCAUCAUGCACGAGACGAAUUUCGUGGUGGAGCGGUACUGGGAUCGCGGGAUGACCUGGUUUGAGGAGGACAUGGCGGACCGCAGCUGGAACGGGGAUGACGCCAGGGGCGAGUCAAGCGGCUGGGACAGCGAGGAGGACAGCGCGGACGGCGAGGAGCGGGAUCGCCCGCGGGGAUCGCGCGGCGACGUUCGGGUCGUGAAUGCGCCCGGCGCCGGCAGCAGCGGUGAGCACCAAAGUUCACCCUCCUUUGCUCAGCUCGCGCGAAACGAGAGCGGCAGCGGGACGGACGCUGGCGCCAUGAAACCGUGCAUCGCGGCGGUGGUGGAUGCAACGCUGCAAAGCCAGACGACGGUGACGGACCGGUUCGCGGCAGCAGCUUCCACACCACCGCAGGAGUCGCCAACUCGGGCAGAGCGGCAGAGCGCUACACCCUCCGAAGCGUCUCCGACAACACCAUUACCCCCACCGCCAUCAUCAUCAUCUCUGCCAUCCCCUCUUCGGUGCGCGGAAGAGCAGCGGGUAGACACGGUCGUGGAAGACGAGCCGCAGCAGCGCAGUGUGGCAUCGGCAGCGGUGCGAACGGGUGAUGUACCCGUAGAAGAUGUGAGAGCGAGUGAUUCUCACGUGGAUCCUGCGGUGUAG